AUGCCUUCCGACCACCUGGACGACGUGCGGCCCAUGUUCGAGCUCCGCGGCGGCAACUACAUCGUUACGGGCGGAGCUCAGGGCAUCAGUUUCGCAUGCACCCGCGCCAUUUGCGAGAUGGGCGGAAAUGUAGCAGUUUUUGAUAUCCAGGAUAAGCCCGUCGAUGAGUUUACCACGCUCUCCGAGAAAAAAAUCCAAGCAGCAUUCGACAAGGUGAUUGCGGAGUUCGGGUCUAUCAAUGGCUGUGUCCCAGCGGCGGGUAUCGCCAUAGAUAAGCCAUUCCUCGAUCAGACCUGGGCCGAGUUCAAUCGCAUCCAGGAAAUCAACGUUCGCGGAACAAUUUUCGUCGCUCAACUUGCGGCCAAGCAAAUGUUGAAGCAAGGUUCCGGGGGCAGCAUGGUCCUGCUGGCCUCUCAGUCCGCGCACAUUGCUCUUCCCGGCUACCGCAUGGCGGCAUACAACGCAUCCAAGGGCGCCGUCUUCAUGCUCUCCAAGGCCCUGGCCGUUGAGCUCGCACCACAAAACAUUCGCGUAAACACCAUCUCUCCCGGAUUCGUCGAUUCAGAAAUGACAAGAAAUGUCCGAGCAUCAAAGAGUAAGCGUGAGGGAGAGCAGAUGUGGCUCGCGCCUCCCAACCAGAGACUUAGCACUCAAAACGACCUUACUGGUGCCGUCGUUUACCUUCUCAGUGAUGCUGCGCGCCACACGACUGCGGCGGAUAUACCUAUCACUGGUGGGCUUCAUGCGGGAACCAUGGAUGGACUGAUUAGUUACGACUCUUAA